AUGCCAUCCACUACGACUGCUAUCUCUCCCUCAUUACCAAUGGAAUCGGAACCUCAGAAACAAUCCCCGGCUGCCUCGAACGCUAGCAUUGCGCAGAUCAAAUCCUUUGUCGCUGGCGGUGCAGGCGGAAUCUGCGCUGUCAUUGUCGGCCAUCCCUUUGACCUGGUCAAAGUCCGCCUACAAACCGCCGAAAAGGGCGUUUACUCGGGUGCAAUCCAUGUCGUGAAGAGAACUAUUGCACGCGAAGGACUUGCCAGGGGUUUAUAUGCGGGCGUUUCAGCCCCAUUGGUUGGAGUAACUCCUAUGUUCGCUGUCAGCUUCUGGGGUUAUGAUCUUGGGAAAACACUCGUCCGCAACUUCUCCUCCGUUCCGGUACAUAACGGAACUCCCCAAUACACGAUCGGCCAGAUAUCUGCUGCUGGCUUCUUCUCCGCGAUCCCCAUGACCCUGAUCACCGCCCCUUUCGAGCGUGUUAAGGUUCUUCUUCAGAUUCAAGGUCAAAACCCUCCUCCUCCCGGCCAAAAGCCCAAGUAUUCCGGCGGAGUAGACGUUGUCCGCCAGCUCUAUAAGGAGGGAGGUAUCCGUAGCGUGUUCCGUGGAAGUGCAAUGACAUUGGCCCGUGAUGGACCUGGUUCGGCAGCCUAUUUUGCCGCGUAUGAAUACAUAAAGCGCAGCCUCACACCGAAAGAUGCGGACGGAAAUGUCACUGGUGAAUUGUCUUUGCCCGCAGUCGUAGCUGCAGGCGGUGCAGCUGGCAUUGCGAUGUGGAUCCCAGUCUUUCCCAUCGACACCGUCAAGUCCCGUUUGCAGAGCGCGGAAGGACGACCCACCAUCGGAGGCACCAUCCGCGGUGUAUAUGCUAACGGCGGCUUCAAAGCCUUCUUCCCAGGAUUCGGCCCCGCCUUGGCAAGAGCGGUACCUGCCAACGCCGCUACCUUCCUCGGGGUCGAAUUGGCUCACAAAGCUAUGAACAAAUUCUUUUAA